AUGGAGAUUUCAUGCUGUGGAUUUGUAAAAGGAUGGGAAUUCUACGCCAAGACAAAUACGGGAACAGUUCAUCUGCAAGUCUGGCGACCAGCAGGUGGAACGUGGACACUAGUGGGAGAAAACCAAUACACUGUUACAUCAACAAACGGUGAGGUUUACGUUACACUCGCAACAACAGAUAGAAUACAAGUUCAGAGUGGCGAUUUUAUUGGCAUAUACCACCCAGCCUCACCGAUAGUGUCGUACAAAAAAGAAGGUAGCUCAAAUGAAUAUCGAGUAACAACGUCUGUUGGCGCAUUGGCAGUUGGGGGAUCCUUUUCCUGGAAUUCUGUCGCACAGGGAACGAAUAGAAAGUACAGUUUGAGAGCUGAUCUUACAAGUGGGAACAACCCAUCAAUUACAAACCUCGAUACGACCGUAUCCUUUACCGAUGACACGCCAAUUGGGACUUUGUUUACAUUGGUGGUAUCUGAUCCCGAUUCACUGGACCCUCUUGCAACAACGAUGACAACUGUCAAUUCGAAUUUUGCGUUCGAUACAAAUACUUUACAAGUCUCAAGUACCACCCAGCUUCCAGUAGGGACAACAAAUCUUAACUUCCAAGUGACUGAUGGCUGUGGAAAUUCCGACACAGGGACUUUGGCAGUCGUUGUUACUAACAGGCCUCCAGAAAUACAUAAUCUACCAUUCAGUGUUGAUGUCAGUGAGAGUCAGACAGCAGAGAAAGAGUUGUUUGUCAUUAAUGCCACGGAUCCCUCACAAUUCGACACAGUGUCCUGCGGUAUUCAGACUGUCAGUCCAGCAUCUUCCAUAUUUUCCACAAGGAUUUCCAGUGGCACUUUAAAUAGUGUGUACUUACAAGCUAAUCCAUCCCUGUCAUAUAAUUCUGUGAAUGCAUACGACAUAACCAUCGCCUGUACGGAUACCAAAGACACAGUGACAGGAACCUUAAAUGUUUACAUCACGCAAAACAGUCCACCAGUAUUCACUAACCUACAAGCCUCCGUGAAUGUAACCGCCACAACCACAACAGGCACCAGCGUUUACACAGUAACGUCAUCAGAUGCCGAAGGGGAUCAACUUUAUUACAAUAUGACAUGCUCUUCGCCGACCUGCCCAUUCGCGAUUUAUCAUUCGGGAGAUGUCAGAUCAACAAAUAAUUUGAUAGGAUAUACGGAGGCGGGGUACGACCUGUAUAUAUACGUCUACGAUGGUAGAUCACUGGUGGGUCCAAAAACCUUAACAAUUGUUGUGACAGGGAUAAACACUGCGCCCAUUUUAACAAAUCUACCAUUGGCAUCUCCAAUAACCGUGUCGGAGAACUCAGCAUUAGGAGUUUCAGUAUUCCAGGUGUCGUACAGUGAUAUAGAUACGACAGACACCCAUGUAUUUACCACUACAUACAUUCCAGCUUCCGGUGGAAACAUCUUUACUACAAACGCUGCAACUGGUUUAAUUUCAACAUCCUCUACAACAAACAUCAACUUUGAGAGUCUCACAACGGCGUCCAUUGAAAUAAAUAUUCAUAUUUCUGAUGGCACUGACUCGGCAACAUCUAAUCUGACUAUUACCAUAUUGGACUUAAACGAGGCACCAGUUUUUGGGAAAAAUCUCUAUUACCUUACCGGACCAGAAGGAUCUGCGGGAAGUAGUGUAGGAACGCCUGUUUUUGAUGUCACCGAUCCGGAUACAGGAGCCACUCAAAAGUACAGCAUUAACUGUCCCGAGUUCAAUAUGGAUGCAAAUACAGCUGCCGUCUCGUUAGCGACAGAAUACGAUCUUGAUAUAAGCGGUACCGCUUCAGUGGUCGCGUGUAAUGUCACCGUGACAGACGGUCAACUAUCAGCGACCUCAGUGUUAACAGUUACACUUAGCAAUAUAAAUGACAACACGCCUACUUUCAGCCAAUCCUCCUACACGUUCUUUGCCCAACCAAACGUGGGAGUAGGAACUGUUCUUGGUUCCAUAGUUGCCACUGAUGCGGACAUUGGAGCUUUCGGAACAAUAUCUUACACCCUGAACCAAGCAGGUCUUGGGAACCAGUAUUUCGGUGUACAGUCAAAUGGAGACUUCUACGUUAAUACUCAACUGGCAUCCUUUUCAAAUGGCCAGACGUUGAGUAUAACUGCUACUGUCACGGAUUCGGGGGGAUUAAAUGACACUGCCACUAUAACUAUUGUGAUUCCCCUGUCGACAACUACAGCCCCCACUUCAACUACUGAUCGACAUGUGACAUUUGCCGAAGACCCUCGAAAUAUCGCUUGGAUGUCUGCAGCCGUGGUCAUCUUAAUAGGACUUGUUGGUCUUAUGGUGUACCAGUCUAUUCGCUUUGGUGAUUACGCCAAAAUAGGAAAAUGGUGUCAAAAGUCAAGUAGAGGACCUUCACUUCAACCAAGACAGAGUUACAGGUUACCCCGCCACAAUACUAGAAGAAUUCGUCAUAUACCUGAGACUCAGUACGACGCUCGAUUCCCAGAAAGCGAUUGGAAACCAUGGCGAACCGGAACGCAAGAUUUAUGAAUGCCAUCAGGUCUUCAAUUGUGAAUCGUCGUCUUGUAAUAUCUAUUUUUAUAACAUUAGGUUAUUUUUGCAGCUUUGUUAAUUUGUUGCAUUAUCAUCAUGUGUAUAUUGAAAAAAAAUAUCACGAUAGGUUGCAAUUGAUAACAUGUAAAAUGGGGGUUCAACAAAAAAAUUUUGUGAUUAUUUACGCACGUUAGCUGCUUGGUAUUUGUUUGGUAUAAGCGAGACAAAUUAUUCGCAAGCUGUGGUUUAUAAAACAAAUUUACUCGAGAAUUAAAUUUUCGCAAGCAGACACAUUCGCUUUUUUCUUAAAAAUAAAGUUCUCGCGAAUAAAGAGUUUUAAAAAGUAUUUACAGUGUAUAACAAUGUUGCAAUCAAAAGGCAAUAUCGCCCGUAAUAUAUUUCUGUGAAAAAAUAAUGAACAUAGAAUAUUCGUUUAUGUAGAUAGAUUACUCCUCAUGAUUUUAGAAACAUGAUUUUGUAGGACGCAGAUUGACGUUGUAUAUAUAUAGUAAGAUUUGCUUAUUAUUAUAUUACACUGUAUAUGAAAAAAGCCAUUAAAAGCAAUAAACAUUCAUAAUCACAUGUAUGUUACAAAAAUAUGCAGU